CCAUCAGAUUGGUGCUUUCGUGUGACAUGCGGAUCUGAAUAUAUACCAUGCCGACCCGAAGGUUUUCUCUCACACUCUGCUACAUUACUUAUCAGUGUUUUCUCCCCUCUCAUCAUUGGUUUUUUUUUUUUGACAUGGCAGAACCCGGUCAAGUUCAUAUUCAUAAGAUCACUCCACGCGAUCGCAACGUCGCCACAGAGAAAAAUGUUAUUAAUAAAUACAGUAGCACUAUCACUCAAAAACCCACGGCUGGUGCUGCACAAGCUCAAUUGUAUGCCACGGGUUUGAAGGAUGAUGAUAUGAACAAGGCUCAAGUGGGAAUUGCCAGCUUUGGUUAUGACGGAAAUCCAUGCAAUAUGCAUAUCAAUAUGCUUGCUGAGAAAGUCAAAGAAGGCGUUUGGAAAGCUGGAUUAGUCGGAUACCAAUUCAACACGAUCGGUGUCAGCGAUGCCAUUCCAAUGGGAAGUGCAGGCAUGUCAUUUUCGUUGCCUAGUCGCGAUAUCAUUGCUGAUUCCAUUGAGACGGUUAUGAGCGCUCUUUGGUAUGAUGCCAACAUCUCAUUGCCUGGUUGCGACAAGAACAUGCCAGGAUGCAUGAUGGCUAUUUCUCGUUUGAACCGUCCAGCCAUUGUUAUUUACGGUGGUACAAUGCGUAAAGGUUAUCGUACUUUGGGUAGCUGUGCCAAUAAGGAAAUUGACAUUGGCAACGCGUUCGAAUGUAAUGGCGAAUUUAUUAGCGGCAAAAUUACGGAGGAAGAACGCAAGGAUAUCAUCCGCAACGCAUGUCCUGGUGCAGGCGCUUGUGGCGGCAUGUUUACUGCCAACACAAUGUCUAGUGCUAUUGAAGCUCUCGGCAUGUCGCUUCCUUACAGUUCCUCUAUUCCUGCUGAAGAUCCUGAAAAGGUAAAGGAAUGUCUUCGUGCAGGUGUUGCUAUCCGCAAUCUGCUUGAAAAGGACAUCAAACCCCGUGAUAUUAUGACCAAGAAAGCAUUUGAGAACGCUUUGACUGUGAUCAUGGUCCUUGGUGGUUCGACAAAUGCUGUGUUGCACAUGCUGGCUAUGGCUCGAGCUGCUGACAUUCCAUUAACACUUGACGAUAUCCAAGCUGUUUCCAGCAAAACUCCAUUUUUGGCCAAUCUGCGACCAAGCGGUAAAUAUGUCAUGGAGGAUUUGUAUGCUGUUGGCGGUGUUCCAGCUGUACUCAAGUACCUGCAUGAAAAUGGCCUUAUCCAUGGCGAUUGUUUGACGGUGACUGGUAAAACCAUGGCAGAAAACUUGGCUGAAGUGGAAGGUCUCAAGGAAGGACAAGAUAUCAUCUAUCCUCUGUCCAAGCCUUUGAAACCGACCGGUCAUUUGACAGUAUUACGAGGCAAUUUGGCUCCCGAGGGUGCUGUGGCGAAAAUCACUGGCAAAGAAGGUCUUCAUUUCUCUGGUGUGGCUCGCGUUUUCGAUGAGGAGAAUGAGAUUUUCACGGCCUUGGAAGAGAAUAAAAUUCCAAAGGGAUCGGUUGUGGUUAUUCGUUACCAGGGGCCUAAGGGAGGACCUGGUAUGCCAGAAAUGCUGAAACCCACGGCAGCUAUCAUGGGUGCGGGCUUAGGAAAGGAUGUUGCCCUUAUCACCGAUGGUCGCUUUUCUGGAGCCUCACAUGGAUUCAUUAUUGGCCAUGUAUGCCCUGAGGCUCAGGUUGGGGGUCCCAUCGCUUUGAUCCGUGAUGGAGACAAAAUCACUAUAGAUGCCAAGACGCGAGAGCUUACCUUGCACAUCUCCGAUGAAGAAAUGGCCAACCGCAAGAGCUCUUGGAAACCAAAGGAUCCCAAAUAUACCAAGGGAGUAUUGGCUAGAUAUACAAUGACAGUGAAGAGUGCUAGCGAAGGUGCUGUGACCGAUGAAUGGUAGAUCAGAUGUAUUCGAUGCUAUAACGUAUAAUAAAAAAAAGAGAC